AUGUUGGCUUUACCUUAUGUUAUCGAAUAUAAAUGGAAAAUUUACGCCACAGAGCCUAUAAUUUAUUUGGAUGUUAUGAUAACUUUCAAAUUUACUGCUGAUUGGAAUGUUGCGCGAUAUUUAUAUUCAACACAAUCUUGUAUUGAUAAAGCGAGACCAGUAAAAUUUGGAGAACAUCCGAAUAUUGAUUGUUUUAAUGAACCUACUGUAAUUAGAGUUCGUGUAACUAAAGAUUACCAUAUUUUGCG